GUAUGCGGUUAAGUUAGGGGUUUAAGUCUAUUCAAGUUAUGUACAACUCUGGCGAGCUCUCUGAGUCAUGUAGACCUGGAAAGGACGAACCAACUAUUUAUUUACUAACGAAUCUCGAAUGUCGUUGCGCCACGGCCUCUCAGCUGUAACCCGGAAGAGUCCGUCUGAUGUGGUGAUUAUUACCGCCUUGAGAACGGCCAUCGCACGCUCCGGGAAAGGCUCGUUCAAAGACAGCUAUCCAGAGGAGCUGUUGUCACAUGUGCUCGAUGCGAGCCGACAAAGGCUGGAAGGAAUGAGUGUCCGAGCUGGCCAGGUCCAGGAUAUCGCCGUCGGUACGGUCUUGAUGGAACUCGGUGGGGCCAAAAGUGGUCGGCUUGCCGCACUCCAUGCUGGUUAUCCAUACCAGACCACCUUUCGGACCGUCAAUCGGCAAUGUUCCUCUUCACUUCAAGCCUUGACCGAUAUUGCCGCAACAAUCGAUUCGGGUGCGAUCGAUUGCGGAAUCGCGGCUGGGACGGAGUCGAUGACUCGUAACUACGGCAGUCGGGCGAUCCCAACAGACCUUUCCCCCAGUCUUCGCGAAAGCCCGGUUCAAGAUGCGCGCGACUGUCUCCUGCCGAUGGGCCUCACCAGCGAGGCAGUGGCCGAAAAGUACGGGAUCGCAAGAACGGCCCUGGACGAAUUCUCGUUAUCAAGUCAUCUCAAGGCCUCUGCCGCUGAGCAAGACGGUCUAUUUGCGGACGAGAUCGUGCCGAUCGAGGUGAACUACGUGACCGAGGACGGCUCGACGGUGAAGAAGACGGUCUCAAAGGAUGAGGGCAUCCGUCAUGGCCUCACGCUCGAGAAACUCAAUGGUCUCAAACCUGCUUUCAAACCGGAUGGGCGGAGUACUGCCGGAAAUUCUUCUCAAAUCAGCGACGGAGCUUCGGCCGUGACGUUGAUGCGAAGAUCGAUGGCCGAACAGCUUGGUUUGAAACCGCUCGCCAAAUUCGUUGGCAGCAAUGUCGUCGGGGUUCCUCCACGCAUCAUGGGAGUUGGGCCGGCCUUCUCGACUCCUGUAUUGCUGAAGCGCUUCGGGCUUGAAGUCGGCGACAUCGAUUUGUUUGAAUUGAAUGAAGCCUUUGCUUCUCAAGCGUUGAUGACUAUCGGACACCUCAACCUAGACAUCACUAAAGUUAACCCGAAGGGGGGUGCAAUAGCGAUCGGCCAUCCUCUUGGCGCGACGGGGGGAAGAUUGGUCAGUUCACUCAUCCAUGAGCUCCGACGAACCGAAAAGAAGAUCGGCGUGGCAGCUCUAUGCUGUGGCACCGGGUUCGGAAAAUCAUCUCUAUUUGUUGCCGAGUGAACCCCACAUGGCAUCGAUGAUCGAUAGAGAAAGCUCGAAAGAUUCGCACCAGAUCUCAGCUUGUCACAGAGCUUUUCUGAUUAUUUUCGAUCAGACACGAUGAUACUCUUUUCUUCACCAUCUUUUUGAGCCGAAGAUCCUGUGUGUAGAUAUUUCUACGCAUUUGGGCUUUGUUUAAAGAAGAAGAGAAACACGCAUUUUUAUAUAGUUCUCAAACUACUUGUAUACUUAGAAGAACCACAAUAAACGACUCGUUGAAUUUGACUGACAAUGCCAAUGUUUUGCCACCAGCUGAGUUUUUGUAGUGAUUUGGAAUCUUUAGAACAUGCCUCUCC